AUGAGCGAGACAUCGGCGACGAGUCGUCGCAAUCGGAAGGGGUGUCAGUCGUCUUCAUUCUACCGGUGGGCGGACGAGCCCUUCGAGGAGAUGGACUCAACGAUCGCUGUCCAGCAGUUCAUUCAGCAGACAAUACGCAAAGACCCGUCCAAUAUAGAGGAGAUACUGCAGGCACCGGAUGGUCAGGAGGAGGGCGGCUGGAAGUACGAGCACUUGAGACAGUUCUGUCUCCAACUCAACCGACUGGCCGUCAAAUUACAGACGGAAUGCUCGCCGCAGACGUGCACUCAGAUGACGGCCACCGAGCAGUGGAUCUUCUUAUGCGCCGCCCAUAAGACGCCCAAAGAGUGUCCAGCCAUCGACUACACGCGCCAUACGUUGGACGGCGCCGCCUGUCUNUGGUCAGGAGGAGGGCGGCUGGAAACGGAAUGCUCGCCGCAGACGUGCACUCAGAUGACGGCCACCGAGCAGUGGAUCUUCUUAUGCGCCGCCCAUAAGACGCCUAAAGAGUGUCCGGCCAUCGACUACACGCGCCAUACGUUGGACGGCGCCGCCUGUCUCCUCAACUCCAAUAAGUACUUCCCGUCGAGGGUUACCAUAAAGGAGUCAUCGGUGGCUAAGUUGGGAUCCGUGUGCCGCCGGGUGUACCGUAUCUUCAGCCACGCCUUCUUCCACCACAAGACGCUCUUCGAUGAGUUCGAGAACGAGAUGUUCCUCUGCAAGAGAUUCACCGCUUUUGUCAUCAAAUACAACCUCAUGUCCAAAGACAACCUCAUUGUUCCCAUCGUUGGUCUCGACACGUCUGUCACCACUGCCGCUGCCGAGUCCGACGCCUAA